AUGCAGACUGCUUCUACAAACAUUGGUGAAAGACUGUGCAAUAAGUCCAUCCGUGACAUUUCUGGCUACUAAAUAUUCCACGCUCAACUGUUAGUGGGAUUAUAACAAAGUGGAAGCAACUGGGAACAACAGCAACUCAGCCACCAAGUGGUAGGCCACGUCACAUGACAGGGCGGGGUCAGCGCAUGCUGAAGCGCACAGUGCGCAGAAGUCGCCAACUGUCUGCAGAGUCAAUAGCUAAAGACCUCCAAACUUGGUGUGGCCUUCAGAUGAGCCCAACAACAGUGUGUAGAGAGCUAGAG